AUGGCAAAGGCUAAUAUCGAGAAGGUGGUGUGGCUUUUGGCUUUGAAUUUCGGGUCUGAGAUUGAGCCUGAUAGGCCAUAUGCUGAGUUUUGGAUGGGAACCCAUGACUCAGAGCCAAGUUUUAUGGCUGAUGAUAAUGGAGAAGGUGGGAAUUUGGGUUUAAGAGAUUGGAUUUUGAAGAAUCCGAAUAUGCUUGGUCACAAGGUACUUUCAUUGGCAAAACCCCUUUCAAGACAGGAACAUUCGAAUAAAGAAUUGGCCAAAGAAUUGCAUAAGUUGAAACGAAAUCUCUAUAAGAAUGCUAAUCAUAAACCUGAGAUGGCUUUGGCCAUAACAGAAUUCAAGGCCUUUUGUGGGUUCAUUACAUUUGAGGUAAUACAUGAAUCAUGCUCGGUUUUUUGUGGUGGAACUUCCCUUUCCUGUUAUGAUUAUGGAAAUGAUAUGCAUGAUGAAACUUUGAGUCCAAAUCACAUCCAGAAUCGAGAUAUAAGGUAUCUUUAUAUACUUCCCACCACUUUUGGGAAUCCGUUAUGGUUUACCGAUGAUGAGAUGCUGGAAUUGAGAGAAACAAUCUUGUAUAGAGCAACUGAAUUACGGGCAGUGGCAACAUGGGAUGUUCCUGUCCCAAAGGGUUCGGGAACAACUGGUGCAUCUGAUGUUCCUACUAGUUCAGUUGAAGCCAAUGCUCAUUCGUAG